AAAUUCAACAGGUAGAGAUUCCCCCCCCCACACACACCCGGUGCAUCAUGCAAAGAGGCGAAGAGAAGCUUGGAGGAGGAGCCUGGGCUUCCCUUUAUGCUUCGAGCGAGCACGAAGGUUCCGACCUGAGCCGCUGUUCCCGGGGGGACGGUUUUGGGCGUUGCACCGCGGCCCUUCCUUCCGGCGCCGGUGCCCGGGAAGCAGAAAAAUCCAUGUGUGAAUUCUUUUGUUGGCAAGUAACCCCGUACAGCUUACUACAGAACUACAGUCGUUUUGGACGCUGAGCCAUAAGAAUCCAGAGAUCUCCUCCUCCUGCGCUGAGGAAAACAUGCUUGACGAUGGUGGUCCAAGUGGAGGCAGCAGCCAAGAUCCAGACCCUUUGUGGAAGCGUCUCCAGUCUCUCUGGGCAGCGAAAAAUGUGGAGAAGCUUGAGGAAGAGAUCCAGGUGGGCCUGGCUGCUCUGGAAGACCCUUUGGAGUGGCUUUUGGACAGGCUGGAAGACAGCCGGGAGUGGAAAGGGAAGGGGCACAGCUUGGCGACCCACGUGGUCCGGGGGCUGCAAACCUGGCUCAAGAAACAUCCCGGGGGCCAACAGUCCGGCUUGAAGCUAAAGAAACUCCAGGCCCGGGUGUUCCCCAUCCUUGCUCAAUGCCACGGAAACUUGCUGGGCCCCCUGAUCGUCAUCUAUCAGCUCCAUGCCGCCGACCGCCACUAUCUGCUGGGCCAGAUCAGCCACCUCUUCCACAAGAACAAGUACAAAGAGGCUGCCGUUCUAAGCAUCAAACUGAACCUGCAGCCAGACCUGACACUGGAGGAGAUGUGCGUCCCGCUGCUUCUCCAAGACAAGACAGACCUCGUGGAAGCUUACGUGGAAGGCUACCCCGACCUGCAGGAGCAGCUCCUGAGGAUGCUGGACUCGUGGUUUGCGCCCGGCGUCCAGAUCAAGAAUGUCAUCAGGAGCUAUCCAGGCCUGUCCAAUAUAAAGACAGAGAAACUCAACCACCGGACGUUGACCAAAAUGGCCUUUCGGUUCCUGGACAAAUACCACCUAGAUCCAGCUCUUUGCCCCAACGUGAUCAACCAGAGGCAUCUGGGCACCCUUAAGUACCUAGUCCGCAAGAGGUUUGUUGAGAAAACGAUGACGCAGGAGAUCUGGAUGGAUCACGUCCAGGGGCAGCAACAACGCCACCGUCCAAAAGACCGGCUCCAGGAUACAGCCACAGCUCGGAAAGUUGCCUUUCUCAAAGCAGAUCCUCACCCCCCCAUCCUGCCUGCAUUUGUCCAGCCUUCUUCCGUGAAUCCUGCUUUUCCUCUCGAGAUGCUCAGGGCCCUGCAUGCAUCAAGAGAUUUCCUUAGGUGCUGGGAACGCCUGAUUGUCACAGAAGGCGCUUCCCUCUGCCUCCUGCAGUCAGCAAAGUCGCUGGCUUUGCUUUCCGAUUGGUCCCCGAGAGGUAAACACGGGCGUCGUUUCCAAAGGGUUUCCCCAAACAGCACCGUGCGGGAGAACCGAUGGCUGCAGGAAAAGCUGAUCCAGCUGCUGGUCCGUUGCGGGGGCCUGGAGGUGGCCGCGUGGUGGGCUCUGCAUUACGGCCUCCCCAGGGGAAGCCUCCCCGAUGGUGUGAUGGAAGAGAUGGAGAAGCUGAAGCUGCAGGAGAGGAAAGACUGCCCAGAAGAGGUGGCGAAUAUGGCUGAGGGCCGGAAGAAGGACGGUUAUUAUCGCCUCCCCAUCCCGAGAGACCAGGUCCUUCUCUUAUCCACCUGGGAAGAGGUGCAGAAAGCCAAGGAGUCUGUGCUACAGCCCGGCCGGAUCGUUGGCAUCGACAUGGAGUGGCGUUCCUCCUUUGGCUUCGUGGGGGAGAAGCCCCGUGUCUCGCUCGUCCAGCUGGCCAUCCAGGGCAGGGUUUUCCUCCUGGACAUGCUGCAGCUGCUCAGGCAGGACCAUCAGGGGGAGGAGGAGGAAAGGCUGGCCUGCUUCUUCCAGGCCCUUUUCGCCGAUCCUGCCAUCACCAAGCUCGGCUAUGGGAUGUUGGGGGACCUGUGCAGCCUCAGGGGGACCCGUGUGGCUUUCCAGGAGGUGGGCAAGCAGAUGUGCGCCUUCCUGGAUCUUCUAGCUGUGCAGAGACAGUUCCCGAAAGGCUUCAAGGAGGCAAAGAAGGGCUUCCAGGAGGUGGACUCUUUCCCGGCGGAAGGCGGCAAGCAGGUUCGGGGACUCAGCCUGCUGGUGCGGGACCUCCUCGGGAAACCCCUGGACAAGACGGAGCAGCUCUCCAAUUGGGACAGGAGGCCUCUCCGAGAGGACCAGAUUCUCUAUGCAGCGUCAGAUGCUUACUGCUUGCUGGAGAUUUACGCAACCCUGUUGAAGGAUCCGGCGGCCUUUGGUCUGAGUCCCGACCUCAUGACGCCUCUGGUGGGCAAGACCUGCCCCGGAGCCAAAGCAAAGAAGUCCGCGAGGCAGGAAAAGGUGCGGAGUCCACACACAGAGAUCUCUGAACCAGCUCCGGAAGGGCCCCCUGCCGCUUCGUCCUCCGUUCCGAUCCAGGACUUCCGCGUGGUCUGUGACAACAUGCUGCAGGGCCUGGGCCGGUAUCUGCGCUGCCUUGGGGCGGACGUCCAGAUCCUGGAGAACGAGGAUGAGCACCGGAAGGCGGCUGAGAUUGCAAGACAAGAAGGACGAGUGAUUUUAACCUCUGGCCUUCCGUAUCAGACGCUGCAUUGGCAGGUGGGGGAAGGCCACUGCUUCCAGGUGGAUUGCUCCGAGAAGGCCAAGGACCAAGCCCUCCAGGUGUUGAAGCAUUUUGGGGUCCAGGUCAACCUGGCCGACGUCUUCAGCCGUUGCCAGGCCUGCAACUGCAAUCAGUACCUGAAGAUCCCUAAGGAGGAGAUGGUGCAAAUGAUGAAAGAGUCGGUCCCCUUGAAGGCGGAAGACGCUCCUUCAGGCGAACCCUCACCCAGCGGUUCCCAUCGGAGCGCCGAAGGAGCGACUCUGGCCGGCCGGCCAAGCUUGGCCAAGGAAUCGGCGCUCCUGCUGCUGCCCAGCGGUAACCCCUUGAGGAUCGAGGCCGUCCCACCAGGCGUUUUGCUCAAGGAGGACCUGGACUACUUCUACGGCUGCAGCCGGUGUGGCAAAGUGUUUUGGGAAGGGUCCCACUUCGGGCGGCUGGUCUCCCAGUUCCAGGAGGUGCUGGAUCUCUCGGAAGGCAGCCGGAGCCUCUACAAUCCGGCCUGAGCACGGUUCACGGAGGGACUUGAAGGGGUCCUGAGCUGUAAUCUGCAGCCGCCCAUGUUGAAACAAAUAAGUAAAUAGAUUGUGCUCUCUUGAAGGAGUCACACCGCUGUCUGUUU